UGUGCUGUAUCGUCAUCUUGUCUGUCUAUUUUCACUGUAAUGCGUGUCAUGAUAUUUUUUUUGUGUUAUCAGUGAAUUGAAUAUUUCGCACAUGAUAUGUGGGGUUUAUGUGUGGAGGUAAUAAGUGCGUGUUCUGACUGGUGGCGAUGCACCAAUAAUGAGGGGUACAUGAAAGCCUGACGAAAUUUGAUAACAAUAAAAUGUCUUCUCCGUUAUUCACCGUUAGAAAAUGCAUAAAAAGGGAUCAGCAUAAUUACCCUUAAUACGAUGGCCACAGGUCAAACUGGACAGAAUGAUCUUAAUGUAGAUGUGACGGAGCCAUUUCGACGCCAGGGUUCAUUUCGCAAAGUUUUGCCUUCUCUUCCAAGUGCUGACCCACAGCUUAGUAUGUCAGCAAAGAUGAUAGACCGACCAGCAGUAUCAAAUAGAGGACAUCAGAAGGCAUAUAGUCUGUAUCAGCAGGAGUACUGCAUAAUUUCAGAGUAUAAUAUGUUGCAAAAGCAAGAGCUUCCAGGAAUAUAUGUAAUUCCUUCAGCAAAAAGUUCGCUUUUAUGGUUUGGGGUAUUCUUUGUCAGACAAGGAGUGUACGAAGGAGGAGUAUUCCGCUUCUGCAUACACAUACCAGAAGCAUUCCCAGAUGGUGGAUGUCCAAGAGUUGUGUUUCAGUCCAUGGUAUUUCAUCCCAUGAUAAAUCCUAGUACAGGGGAAAUGGAUGUAAGGAGUGGUUUUGAAGAAUGGCGUAAGAAUGUUAACCACAUCUGGCAAGUGGUUCAGUAUGUCCGCAGGGCUUUCUAUAAAAUAGAAACAAAAUCACCAUUUAACCAGAAAGCAUCAGAAUUGUAUGAGAAGAAUCAAGAGGAAUUCUGUGAGAGUGUGAAGUUGUGUGUGAAAGCUAGCCAAGAACAAAUCUAUGAUCGUGCACCUACUGAUGAUCUUCAUUAUAUUACCUUUGAGCCAUAUGAUAAUGAAGUGCACGGCCCCAUCAGAGAUACUAUAUUUAAAAUUAAGGAGAAUGAGCAGGAGUCAAGUUCCGCAGGACUGUCAUGGGUGCAACCUGGCUCUUUGGAGCCCUUCUCCAAGCCCACCUCUUGAUACUUUUUCACUAUAGAUGUAAGAAUGACACUUCAAGUCAUCAUCUGUUCUGUAUUGCUUCAGCAUCUGAAAUGCAGUGUGAUGUCUGUUGAAUAUAGGAGGUGAUCUAGAUCCAGAGUGCAGAGGAGGAAGAUAUAUUAAUAUAAUUAAUUAAAAAGAAAACUUUUGAAAUUAUGGAAAUCUUCUGGGUUUCACAGUGUUGUUUUUCAUCUUGUGAUGACACAGCAGGGUGGUGCUCUGCACCGAUACUGGCAGUCUCCAUCUCUGGAUAAAAUGAUAAAUCAGAGACCUAGUCUGCAUAUGUAUUGUAUCAGUGAAUAUUCCAAAGUUCUCAUUGGAGGGUUUGCAAUAAUUGUUACUAAUGAGGUGUAACAACUGGAAUUAAAUUCCUGUGUUAGAGCCACUACACUUAUCUAAGAGUGAGGUGUUUGUGUGUGAAGCAUUUGACAGUGAGGUUGUA